AUGGACCACAAAAGUCCAGCAAUAACAGAACGAACCAGCAGUCCUGUCGGGACGGCGGGAAAUGCAGGGCCGUGCGCCGUGUGUUCGACGGGCAGUGGUACGCGAUCAGUACCGGCGAGCAAUGCUGCGCAAUAUGGGUUCGAGGCGGGUACAACGGGCCAUCGGGUUUGCGAGGCCUGCCAUUGUCGUGUUUUGCGAGCGAGUCGCUCCCGCUGUCCGGUGCGUUCCUGCGCUGGACCACGCGCCCAGCGCUUACGACAUCUACCGCCAGCGUGGCACGAUCUGCCGCUGAACGACAAGAAACCUAUUAUGGAUGAGUUCAAAAUUCCAAGUACACUAAGCAAAUGCUGCCUAACGUGCUUCAAGCGGAUAACGCGGCGGUUAGAGGCGGCGGGAGUUACCUCUGGUGAGCCGUCCGAAGAGGAGGCGUCUCGGUUUCGGGCCUUGCUGCGCGACUGCGGCACGGCCUGGGACCGGAUGGCGGCCGCAAGCGGUCGCAGCGCCGCUAGCCUCAAGGCCUUCUACUUCACCUACCGCCGCCGUCUACGACUCGACGCCGGUUCACCUCGAGCGCGAAGCGGCUCUGACGAUAGCGGCAGCUCGGGGGACACAGACACGGCCAGUGCGGGGUCCCCUCGGCCUCCGCCGUUGCCCGGCCCGCGGACAGACGCCGCCGCACCGCGACGCCCCAAACGAGACGAGUAUGACUCCUCCGCCACCGAGACGGCUGACGAAGAGAACGACGCGCCCAGCGCUAAGACUGCUGCGAGCGGGGUUAGUGCGGUGAGCACAGCGAGUGCGGUGAGCAUCGCGACCGCAGUAAGCGGGGUUAACGCAGUUAGCGGCGUCAGCGUGGCUACCUCCAGCCCUUGUGUUAGUGCACAACUAACCGUACGUGAUGUUGUGCUCAACAUGAUCGAGGUCAGCCUCAUGAAAAACAGCAGGCCGCCGCAACAUCCCCUCCCUCCUAAGCAACAGCAGCAGACGCAACAAAACCACGAGCUGGCGACUCUGACGGUGGUGAGCGGCGGUCAGCACUCUAACGCGAUGUCCCCCCGGGGAGCCACGCCGCUACCCGCCGAAGGAGCGCCCGACCUCGUUCUGCUGCAGGUGGACAGGCCAGCUCCUUCCCAACCGGACUCCCUUCUAGACCUCACCGUCAAAAGGCCGCGACUAGACCGACAUCCGCCGCCCUCGCCUUACCGAACCGCUGAGUAUGCGGCGGGAUACCGGGCAGCGGAGCGACAGUCGCCGACGCAGUAUGCGGCGAACAAACCCAAGCCGGCGGCGUCCCCGCGGCCCGCCCUCAAACUUCCUAACCCCAAGGGGUCUAUAACGCUAGGCACGCCAGUGGAGAGCCGCUUCGAGGCGCAACGUACUCCACCCGACCCCAAGACGGGUUCCAUCACGGCCGGCACGCCGCUCGCCCCUCUACACCAUCUCCCAGACAAACGAUACUUUGACCGCCGUCGCAGCCCGGGAGGCGGCUACUACGCCCGCCCGCAGUCGCCGCAGUCCUUUACAACGCCUUCUAACGCAGCCACCUCCCGAGGACCGUAUGGCCUGGAGCGACGGCAGAUAAUGCUGACGGACUUCAUCACCUCGCAGCAAAUGCACCCAGCGGCUAGACGAGAUCGUGACCAGCAGCAGCAGCACCAGCAGCCUCAGCCGGCCCAACAGCAACAUCAGCAACAUCAGCAACAUCAACAGCACCAGCACCAGCCGAUGCAGCAGCACCAGAUACACCAGAUCAGACGGGAUCGCGACACGGUGUCCGUGAUCCAGAGGCAUUCGCACACCUACUCGCAUCCCGUACCGCCUCCCGGUCAUGAGGCAUUCACUUCGCUGGUAAAUGCGGCAUCGGCAGCAGCGGCUCUACCUGUGCCCCGGACACGAGAGCCUGAUCCCGACAGCCACCACCAUCACCAUCCCCAACACCAGCAGCAUCAACAACAUCAGCAGCACUCACAUCAUGAUAUCAGAAGCAGUAGAGAGUUUCCGUUGAGUGGAAAGUACGCAAGUGGAGCCCCUGGGGGCCCCGCGACGGGCUACGACGAGCGCAGGCCGUACGACCGCGCGCCUCCUGCCAGAGACAGUCGUGAACGGCUGGUCUCAUUGGGCGGGCGACGCUACGUUGUCGACGAUCGCCAUCUACACGAGCAUCAUCACCAGCAGGUUGUAUCGAGCCAGGAAGACAAGCGGUUCAAUAACAACGCAGCCUACAGUAUCGCUGGAAAACCGCGACCGCACGCACUCGAAAGGAAGGAUGCCCGCGGUCCUGCAGUGAGUUGCCCGUCCACGGUGAGCAGUUCGAGCGGGCCCCCGGCGCUAUCAGCCCCUGCCCCGGGGGCCCCGGCCGCGGGGGACAGGGCGCGAGGCACGGACGGCACCCUGACAGCGGCUUCUCUCAUCAACGCCAUCAUUACCCAUCAGAUUAGCCAGACUACGGAUCAGAGGUUCCCGACUUUGAUCCGUGAAAAUGAUUCUGGACCUCAGGGAGAACGUGUCCCUGGCCCCGGGGAACGGGUCGUCGUGGGUCAAGAGCGGGGCCCCGAACGGCGCGAUGAACCGCCAGUCAGCGCUGCCCAUACUACGAGCAUUAAACUGGGAGAUCUGGCCUCAAAUAUAAUCGUCCGCGACUUCAGCAGUCCAAACCCCACCACACUGAUGCAUCAUAACAACCGGUUAGUUUCCAACGCGGAACCUUAUCAGGGCGGCGGUGGAGCGAGCGUUUCGAGCGGAAGCGGAAGCGGGAGCGGAGCAGGUCCGGCCACCAGUGGACAUUCUUACUUCGAACCCGUCUCACCGACGGAUAAUCAACCCACCAGCCGCAGUGAUAACCGUUACACGAGUGGCGCGAGUAGCGUGAGCGGAGUGAGUGGCGUGAGUGGGGUGAGCGGGGUAAGCGGCGUGCGUUGCGGUGUUUUGACGGCGUAUGACUAUGUAACGGCGCGUAUCGUUGACGUCAUGAGAAACGACUCCGAGGCCAAGCUGCCCUUCACUGCCGAAACCAAGUUACCCUUCAACACGCCUUACACCUACCCUUACUCCGCGCUCAACGUCGCCACGCCCGCUGACCCGAGCGGGGGUCCAGGCGUGGUGUCGAGUGCGCCCCCUCCCGCGGGCCCCGCCCCUCCGGAGCCCGCGCCCCUGAUGUCGGCGCAGUACGAGCCCCUCUCCGACGAGGACUGA